UCCAUCCACCGUUGGAUGCAACAGGACUUCACAAAGCAGGUCCAUCCAGCCUGCUCGCUCUUUCAAGAGAUCCCUUGCACCACCUGAUCACUUCACCCAUUCACCUGCUCGCCCGGCGCGGGCUCACACGCUGAUCGAGCAACCAACCAGCUCCAUCAUGUCGAGCUCCACCCUGGCGCCUCCCACAGCGGACUCAUCGCGCUCGUCCAAUGUCAAUGCUGCGUCGUCCGGCGAAGACUCGCUGACAUCUCUGCGUCAUCGCCUUCGACUCAAUUUACCACCUUCUUCAGCUCACGCCGCUCCAGAAGAGGUCAAAUCGUUCGAGAUGUUGAGCUUGGAGAGGGAAGGGCAAAAGAGGAAAUUGAGGCUUGGUAGGAUGUCCUUUUUCAAGGAUGCGCUGCACCUUCGAUCAUCCGUCGUCUUCUCCGUACUGCCCACCUUGAUUCUGCUCAUGCUGUUCGCAUACCUGGUAGCAGCCGCAAAUUUGCGCUACGGCAAGCAAUGGACCGCCUCUUCCGUCAUCAUAGGACCUUUGUCUGUAGUCUUUGGUCUCUUGAUCGUCUUUCGCAACGGAACGUCUUACGAUAGGUGGUUCGAAGGAGCUAAGGAUUGGCAAAACUCUCUCUCGGAUGUCAGAAGCUUGGCCAGAUUCGUUUGGAUCAAUUGCGAUUUGGAGACGCUCAAAGGGGAUGAUGCAAAGGAUUGGGAGGAGAGGAAAAGAGUACACGUGCAGAGGAAAAAAGAGGCCAUCAGAUUGCUGGCGCUGUUUUUGUACGCUACCAAGCAUCACCUUCGAGCGGAGCACUCUCUCGAUCAAGACGAUUACGAGGGCUUGUUAUCGCCUGGUCUGAAGGCUGCAUACGAGCGCACUCUUACUCGCGGCUCGCGCCUCUCCACAACGUUCAACUCCGUCUCCGCACCCACCACACCUCGCUCGUCUUUUCUGGGUCGAUCGCGAGGCGGUGUCACAGCGGAUAGCGAGACGGCGCCGCUUUUGUUGGACGACGAAGAAGCAUCGUCGGAGCCUCUGUCCUACCAACUCCUAGCAGCUUCGCAAGGCAUCUCCCUACCUCAUUUUGUGCUACUGCAAUUUGGCAAGUAUCUGGCCAAAGCGAGAAGGAGGGGAUGUUUCGAAGAUGCGGGAGCUCCUAGCUUUGCGAUGAUCAACACGCUGCUUAAUCAGCUCACUACUAGCCUGGGAAAUCAGGAAAGAGUCGCUACCAUGACUAUUCCUGUCGUAUAUGGUAUCCAUCUCAAACAGUCUACUUUGCUGUAUUUGCUCGCUCUGCCGUUUGUACUGGUCAGCGAAUUAUCGUGGAGAGUUGUUCCCUUUGUCGGACUCGUCGCUUUCACCCUUGUGGGCUUAGAAGGUAUCGCUUCCGAAAUAGAGAGACCGUUCGGCAAAGAUCCGUCGGAUCAUCCGCUCGAUAUGAGUGCUGCGCUCUUCAGGCACGAAAUUGAGGUCAUGAUGCGCGUCGAACCUGGCGGAAUUCCGGAGGAAGAUGUAUUGUGAGGGACACACAACCUGUUUCGCGUUGAUUUGCCAUCUCUGGCAACGCCAAUCACUGCAAUAUACAUCUCUCGACUCCAUUGGGAGCGUGUUGGUGUCGGCAUUCGAAGAGUUGGGUCCGAGGAUCAUUUCGAACUUUCGCGAAGGACACGAAGGCAAAUGAUUUGCAAAUGCGUGCAAAGAAAGAGUAC